CUAGGCAGAGAACAGAGAAAACAGCACCAGGAAAAAAAGCCAAGAGAGCCCUUCGUCAGCAGUGCCUGUACCAGAGGCUAAGCUCACUGCCCUGAAAGAGCUCAGGCGGGAGAGGAAGUUGCUUCUCAGUAAGAAAGAGGAGAAAACAAAAGAGAAACUUUGAAACUGGCUCCACUCGUGGCCUGCGGGCCCCCCACUUAAAUGAAAGCACCCCAGGGACAGGGGAUUUUCUUCUCCAGGGGUGGGAACAUGCUGAGCUGAGGGGGUGUGCAGAAGGGCAGCGUGUAGCUGUGUGGUGAGCUUUGCGGUGAGAUCACAGAGAGAGAUCAGAGGUGGGAGGGGAAGGCGAAAGGGGAUCUGAUGUCUGCUGCCAAUAUGACAGAGACCCUCCAGCUCCCAGCAUUGCAGGUCCCUGAGCAAGAGGUGCCCGAGUGCAGCCGGGCCUGGUCCAGUUCAUCCACUCCCACGCUGCGCAGGAGACGCUUCAAGAUGAGGCGGAUGAAGAACGUGCAAGAGCAGAGUCUGGAAGCCGGUGGGUACCAGGACGCACCGUCGCCCAACAAAGAGUUCCUGCAGCUCCCAUCCAUAGAAAUCACCCCCUCCAGUGACGAGGACACCCCGUGGUCAAACUGUUCCACGCCCAGCGCCUCCCCGCGGCGGAAGCGCGUCCUGCUGCGGAAGUGGCUGCGCGUGAGGGAGAAAAAGGAGUACAGUGAAAGCAGUAGCCAGCAGAGUAGCCAGCAAAGUAGCCACGAUGAUGAUUCAUCCCGAUUCCUGAGUCCCCGAAUGCGUGACGAAAGCACUGCCAGUAACUCGAAUCGCAGCACGCCUGCCUGCUCCCCCAUCCUGCGCAAACGUUCCCGGUCUCCGACCCCGCAGGACUCCCAAGGAGACGCCAUGGUGGAGAAAGGCUCAGACCACUCUUCAGACAAAUCCCCUUCCACUCCGGAGCAGUGUGUGCAGCGCAGUUAUUCUGCUCAGUCAGGCCGCAGUGGGGCCAAGAACUCCAAGAAAAGCCAGAGUUGGUAUAAUCAUGAAAGACAGCACAUCCGGAGAGUGUUGAGUCCAACGUAUAAACAGCGCAAUGAAGACUUCAGGAAACUCUUCAAACAGCUUCCCGAUACUGAGCGCCUCAUAGUCGAUUACUCAUGUGCGCUUCAAAGAGACAUUCUCCUGCAGGGCCGACUCUACCUCUCCGAAAACUGGAUCUGCUUCUACAGCAACAUCUUCCGCUGGGAAACGCUGCUGACAGUCCGUUUGAAGGAUAUCUGCUCCAUGACCAAGGAGAAAACAGCGCGGCUCAUUCCUAACGCUAUCCAAGUUUGCACUGACACUGAAAAGCACUUUUUCACUUCCUUCGGCGCCCGAGACAGGACGUACAUGAUGAUGUUCAGACUCUGGCAGAACGCUCUCCUCGAAAAGCCCCUGUGUCCAAAGGAGCUCUGGCACUUUGUCCACCAGUGUUACGGGAAUGAACUGGGCUUGACCAGCGAUGAUGAAGACUACGUUCCUCCUGAUGAUGAUUUCAACACUAUGGGCUACUGCGAGGAGAUUCCUGUAGAAGAAAAUGACGUGAACGACAGCUCCUCCAAGAGCAGUGUGGAGGCCAAACCCGAGGCAAGUCCUUUGCUGCCCAAGAAGUCAAUCACCACCAGCACGUUGACAUCCACAGGGAGCAGUGAGGCGCCAAUUUCGUUUGAGGGGGUGCUUCCGGAAGAGGAGGAGUUGGUGGAGAGUCCCCUUGAGAAGGAGCUCACCAUUGAAAACAUCAUUGGAGACAAGAUAGAGAUUAUCGCCCCGGUGAACUCCCCUUCCCUGGACUUCAACGACAACGAGGACAUCCCGACGGAGCUCAGUGACUCGUCGGAUACCCACGACGAAGGGGAAGUCCAGGCCUUUUAUGAGGAUCUGAAUGGCCGGCAGUACAUGAAUGAAGUAUUCAGUUUCAGCGUGGACAAACUGUACGACCUGCUCUUCACUGACUCCCAGUUCCAGAGGGAUUUCAUGGAACAGCGUCGGUUCUCCGAAAUUAUCUUUCAUCCAUGGAAGAAGGAAGAAAACGGCAAUCAGAGCAGAGUAAUCCUGUACACUAUCACCCUCACCAACCCUCUCGCCCCCAAAACUGCGACUGUCACCGAGACUCAGACAAUGUACAAAGCCAGCCAAGAAAGCGAGUGCUACGUGAUAGACGCAGAGGUGCUAACUCACGACGUCCCCUACCAUGAUUAUUUCUACACCAUUAACCGCUACACGUUGACUCGUGUCGCCAGAAACAAAAGCCGACUCAGGGUUUCUACAGAGCUACGUUAUAGGAAACAGCCGUGGGGGCUUGUGAAAUCCUUCAUCGAGAAAAACUUCUGGAGCGGCUUAGAAGAUUAUUUCCGUCAUUUAGAGAGUGAACUGACCAAAACUGAGAGCACGUACCUAGCCGAGAUCCACAGACAAUCCCCCAAAGAGAAGAUGAGCAAGCAACCCACGUUGCGCCGGAGAAAGCGGCCCCAUGCCCACCUGCGGGUGCCACACCUGGAGGAGGUGCUGAGUCCUGUCACCACCCCGACCGACGAGGAAGUCGUGCAUCGAAUCAAGCACGUGGCAGGUUCCACGCAGACGCGGCAUGUCUCCGAGGACAGUCCCGGUGGCUUCCAUCUUCAGAGCGUCUCCAAGCUGCUCGUUGUUAUCAGCUGUGUUCUGGUGCUGUUGGUCAUUCUCAAUAUGAUGCUCUUCUACAAACUUUGGAUGUUGGAAUACACCACCCAGACCCUCACCGCAUGGCAGGGCCUGCGGCUACCAGAACGGUUACCCCAGUCUCAGUCGGAAUGGGCCCAGUUACUGGAGUCCCAGCAGAAGUAUCAUGACACGGAGCUGCAGAAGUGGCGUGAGAUCAUCAGAUCCUCAGUGAUGCUUCUAGACCAGAUGAAGGAUUCCCUAGUAAACCUUCAGAACGGCAUCGGGUCACGCGACUAUGGGUCGGAACCAGAGGAGAAACGGAAGCAUUUCCACUAAUAGGGGCGAACAGAGGAGGCCAGAGGAUUGUGUGCAAUACGUGUAUAUAGACCAUAUAAAUAUAUAUAUACAGAAUAUAAAUAUAUAUAUAUUAUAUACAGAUUUUAAAAGAGGAAAAAAAGCCUAUGUACUAAGGAGGAGAGUGGGUGCUGACCUCCAACACUGGCUGAACUGGAGUGUCGCUGGGGUAGGACGGUGUGCGCAGGGCGGGCUGUGCUUUCCUAGCACUGAGGCACUGUCCGGGAGAGUGCAGCUCGCGUUUACCUGUCCCCACCCGCCUCUCUUCUGUGCAUUCCUGGCUGUCUGUCUGUCUGUCUGUUUUAAAGGGAAGAACCCACCCACCUGCGGCUCCCUGCAUGUCGAACAGGUAUUUAAAGGGGAUACUGUUGACUUUACCCUGCUCCAUUGAGGACAAAGGGGAUUUUGCUAGGAGACAUCGGUCCCUACUGAACUGAGCAGGCUUUGAGCCAGGAGAAUUCUCUAGGACGCUACUCUGGUUAAGUAGCGAAUGGGCUUUGUCCCGCGCCAUCUGCUAGAACGCCGUGGCGGGGCGCAGUGUGCCGGGAAGCUGCCCAGCCUAACUGUGCUGAGUCGAGCCCAGAAACUGAACCACAUUUUCUCAAUGAAACAUUUCACUGUCUGUUACGAGAAGCUCAACGGCAGAGUCGAAGGGCCACUGACGUCUAAUCCCGGACCCUGGCGUGUCCCAUUGAAGUCAGUGAAUGUAACCCGUUGGGUAGUUUUCACUCGACAGCGUCCCCUUUACAUGCUCUGUGUUCCUCAGCGCAUCUUGAGUGUGUGUCCCUGUCAAUAAGCCCGCCUCUGUGCUCAGGACCUGCAGCUGUGCUGAAAGGGCUUUCUGUCUUCCCUUCUCGCCUGGCGGGGGGGUGAAGUCCAAUGGCUCUGACUGGAUAUAAUCCCUAUUUUUUGUCUUAUUCACUAUUUUUAAAACCUCCUCUUGUCAACAACAGCAAACAAGUAGUGGGCUAGGAGAGGGCAUUUGGCAUGUGCCAGGAUCUUCUCCCUCCAUCUCGCCUCUGGUGGAACGCCACUCGAAGAGGAAGCAGCUUCCUUUCACAAAAAACCACAGUCGCAGUUAAGCAGGUGGCUUAUCGGGAAGCCACCCCCUCCCCUUCAUUGCGUGGCUGGUCCUGGGAGGGUCUGGAAGGGGGAUGGAAGAAAAGACCAGCCGCACAGGUAACUGCCAUUCCUAGAGGCCUGUAAGCAGGGGACGUUUUAGUGAGUUUCCUGCUGCUUUGUGGAGAAGGAAACAGGGGCUCAGAGUAGUGUCAACCGCAGGGCUCUGGCUGCAGAGGUGGGGUGACGUGUAAAUGUCGCAGGUCUAUUUAUUUUGUUAAGUUAAUACAAAAUGAUGAAUGUGUAACGAUUGGGCAUUUUAACCUAGCAGAGGCCAGGCGAGGACGCCCCAGGGCUGUGGUGUGCAAUGUACUAGGCUCAGCAUGUUAGCUGGGUAGCUGGUGAGAUGUCUGUCUAGGGUUGGACUCCCACACUAGACAGGCAUGUUUUACCUUGGAGCAGAGAGGGAUGAGGUGCAGUCUUCAAAAAUUCCAUUUUUGGGUCUUCAAAAAUUCCAUUCUUGAGCCAGUGGCCUGGGAGCGAGCUCCAGUGAUGGGAGAUGAGACGCGGGGGGUGAUGGCGUAAGAGUUAUUAUUGGACACACCACACAAAUGGGAACCCAGCAUGGUGAAAGCCUGAUCCUGAGGUCCCACAAGUCCCACUGACAUCACAAUGAUACUCUGCCUUUAUGGUGUGCUAUGUCCUUAGUUACAGAGGAGGAAACCGAGUCACAGAGGGGCUCAGCAGCUCUCAGGAAGAAGCUCUGACAACGGCACAUCCCUUUGUGCAGUGAAAGGAUAAAGGGGGAUUGUGGUGGUGACUAACAUGCCUUAGCAGGUGGAUUAGUUGGUCUGUGAACCCUCUAUCUCCACUGCCCCUGUCUCUGGAAGGAUUUUUGAAGCAGGUGAGAUCGCCUGGCACGGGGCAGUAUUGAGUACUGGACGAUCUGCCAGGUGGGUUUCAUCUCUAGCUUUUGCAUGUACUGAAAGAGCAAGGUGAGCGACAGGCUAGUCUUGUGCCAUAUGGCCUACACAGCUGGGGGAAAACAUCUAGAAGGAGUUUAAGCACUAAGCCAUUUAUCAAUACACUUCUUGCAACAAUGCACUAGCUGGCUAGUUUGGCUGGGGAGCUACUGCAAAUUCAAAGUGUUAGCAGACUACCGCUCCAAGAGGAGGGGAAGGGGGAGCAAGAAAAGUCAAAGGACUGUGGCCAAAACAUGCCCAGGAACCUAGCGAAUGUUCUACUUUAUUUAAUUUAUUGUAUUUAUGCGUAUUUAUUUAACUUAACACUGCUUAGUACUGCACAUCUCCCUGGCAUUUCUGCCAGAGCCAGGCGCUGCUGCUGAAAUUAGCGAUGUAGAGCAACCUAAGCCCCUAGCACUGAGGAAAAAAGGGACCAACCCUGGAAAUUGGGUGGGAUUGUCUGCUGUGAUGAGAAUGGGCUUGUGUUCCACUGCUGUUCUAAGUACGGACGAGCCCAGACUCAUUGGUGGGUUCCAGGAAUCUGGCGAAGGUUGUUACGGGUCUAGCUUAACUGCCCCCCUUUUCCAAGGUUUCACUCCAAAGAAGAGUGGAGAAUCUGGGGGCUUCUGUCUUAAAUAUGCCCUUGGGACACUCCUAAUGCAAGUUCAUUCAGAUCCAGGAGGUGAAGCUGCAGUAGCUGUACUCUAGCACACUGGCUGCAUGCAGAGAUAGAUUUAUCCUGCUUGGAAGGACAGGAACCUGCCCCAGCUGUGAAGGCCAGAGAUAAAUGGUAGCAUUCCAGGUUUGUUUCUCAUAGUCACAGGUCUGUCAGUGUCUCCUACAGCCACUUAGAGAUCUGCCCAUCUAAUCUACCCCAUGCCCCAGCAGUACACGUACUAGUGUUUUGUGCAAGUGCCCUUGAAGAGUUAAUUCUGUCCAGCAGAUCAUAGGCCUACACAAACUUGUGCUGCUUCAUUUAAACAGCUGCAAACGACUGUGCCCAUUCAUAACCCAUUAUGAACUCAUACUGACAGGUGUACCUUAAGCCUGUAAAUGUACGAGCUAAGCCCUUAGGAGUGUCCACACAUGCAGUGUCACUGGUUUAACAAAAUCGGUGCAGCUAUACAUGGAGAAAAAGCCUUUAGUAUCAGGAAGCUUUUCCUGGCCACUGGCAAUAAUUCCUCUCUGGCUUUCAGCUGCUUGUACCUGUGCCCUCUCUUAGCUCCGCUUAUCUAGGCUUUUUAACUCAGAGCCUCACCCCUUGCUUCUCUGCCCCACAUGCUGUGAAGAAACACCCCCAUUUCUUUGCCUCCUGCACAGGGGGUUGAAAGAGAUUAUUUGAUGUGUAUAAGGACCCAGAAUUCAGACUGUCUGGGAUAAAAAGAGCCUGAGAGAGUUAGGUACCUAAACCCUAUUGCAGUGUAAUGUAUAUAAUCGAGCAGAGGUUCCUAGUGGUAAAACAGAGAUAAACGGAAGGGAAGAUACUGCAAGUCCAGCUGAGGUGACGGUUAGUUUUCACUCUGGCUCUUAUCUCUGAGGCUUGCCCUUUUUGACCAAGCCUGAAAACAUGAGCAGACACAUUUAUUGUCCUGCUGACCUGUGGGGGAGAAAUCGUAGUCUUUAUUGGUACUCUGCUUGUGCCAGGCCCUCAUCCUUCCAUUGUGAGUCGCCAGUCAAGGAGAACGGUUUGGCUUGAUUUCUGGUGUCUGAGCAGUUGUGAAAUAGAUGUGUAAAGGGUCUCUCUCUCCACAUCACUCCCCUUUGUGCUGCAGCUAAAGCACCAGCACAAUAUAAUCUACUCAAACAAAUGGAAACAGCCAAUGGCCUAAAUAGUGCUGAGAUUCUGCAGUACUGGGGGGAGGGAUAGAAGGGUAGAUCAUCUGGGACACCGAUUCUCGGUUCUAAUCUUUCCAUAUGUGGAGAAAAAAGAAGUUUCCUUGCUAAGCCUGGUUUUCAAAUUUGGCUGCCUCAGUUAGGUACCUACAUUCUGCCCAUUGGUGCUUUACUGAAAAUGGGUAUUUGGGGCUGUAGUGUCCAUACAGUGCCUGUGUUUGAAAACUGGCUCCCAGUUACAUAAACUCAAGACUUGUUCAUUUGUCAAACAGACAUUAUCUGGGGGUAAAUGUGCAAUUCAGGUCUGGGAGAACUGGGGGUGAUGAGCUAGGAAUGAAAGAGGGGCAGGCGAAUACUCAGACUCAUUUUAAAACUUUGGCAUUAGUGGGAACACUGUAAGCCAAAUUCUUCUCUCAUUUAGAGUCAGGCUAGUCCAUGGAUUCAGAGAUUUAUUUGGUGUAAAAGGGGACAGUUUGGCCCAAUAUCUCCUCUUCACGUGCACAUUUAGCUGUCAAAUCACUAAUUUUCAUAACCUACUAUUUUAUAGAGGAGCGCGUGGAGUUGUCUCUUCCAAAUGGAUAACUGGUUCAAACCAUUACCUCAAUUGGCUGCUGAGCACUGCAAGACAUUUUGUGACGUGUCUGCAGUGUUUUCCAUUGGGGUAAAGAGGAAGGUCCAGCCACCCAUUGGAAUGAAAGUAGUGACUGAGCCAGGUAUGGGUCAAGUAACCAUCUACGAGACUGACUGCCUACCUUAGCAUCCCUCAACUGCUGGAGUGUGUUGAGUUGGGCAUGAACUCUCCGAAGAACAGCUUCUCUCAGGCUUCCAGCAGAGGUUAGAAACAUGCUGCACAGUAGCAUGUCCGCGCCUGUAACAAACGGUUACCGCAUUGCUUUCCACUCCCUCCCGUGCGUGCUCCUCAGAACAGACGUGUGCUGUGAUGCCAAGGCACAGAGAGGGUGAUCAUCGGAUACAGUGGCCCCCUCAGGCUACGUUUCUGGGCAUUAGAAUGGAGAGGAUUCCUUUCCUACAGGUACCUGGGAACAGGGCACUCGGAGUCCUUUCCUCUUCACGGUAGCUUUACAUUCCAGAGUCUGGACUCCCAUCACCUGUCAUGCAGCUAGCAGUUCCAGAGUGGAGCAGGACAGACUGUGGCCUUUUCAUCAUUUGCCACUGGCACAUGGAAUUGGAGGAAAUCGCUUUUCCCCAAAUCCAUCUCAAAGCUCAAACGGCCAAUGCUUGUCUCACCAACCACCUGUUAAAUAGAGGUUAGUGUUGAGCACUUCAGCUGGUGUCUUUUACCUUCCCCCCAAUGCCCUUGCUGGAUAAGCUGAGUGAGAGUAGAGCCACCUCAGGGGAAAUCAGCUCUGCCCUCUGCCUUUUUGAGGAUCAUCCAAAACAGAUUCUCCCUGUCUACACAGCCUGAGAGUGAGUAGUCCACCUAGGAGGUACAGAUUCAAGAUGACUGGAGUCUUCUCGGUUGAGUUCUAGGCAGAUGAUAUAUUUAUACCAUGUCUGAGCACCAGAGCUUUUGGUUAAAUACUGCAGUUUGACAGGAGAUGAUGGCUCUGUAGCUCACACGCCUGCCACGAGAACCAACCUUCUCCAAAGAAUACUUCAGUACCCUAGAGGGAGGGCCUUGCUCCUGGCAGCCGCUGUGCUACAUGCACUGUUCUGGCCUUGUUCCUGUAGAAUUUUGCUGUAUAUUUUUGUCAGCAAAGCUGCUCUUCCUCCCCCUCCGACUUCCAUGCAUCCUCUGGGGGCUUCACUUAUUUCAGCACAGCUGCACCUUGCAGUUUGCAAGUCGUUAGACUGUUCUCCUGCCACUGAGGGUCUUUUGGUUGGUAGAACAGAACCUGGCUUGAGGUCUUGAGACGCAUGAGGGCAUUGUUGUGAAAUUACCUCUGUGUUCCUGUUUAAAGAUGCUCUGGGUGGAAAGGGCUAGACCCAAGGGUCUGGAAUAACCAGUCUGAGAAAUGGCCACCGUGAUGUGCUGUUUGCAGGAGAGAACAACACUGAACAUUCACUCCCUGUCUGCUCAGUCGCUGCUCUCUCUGCUUGCAGUUUCUAAAGCACAGGUGAAUGAAUCUCUUUUGUGCCAUAACAUGCUUGUUUCUAGAUGUGCAAACCAGCCAAAAUCGUGUGUUACUUUCCUCCUCCACUUGCUCGGCAUAGCUGAGCAUUCCCGUAGCUAUACGAGGAGAACUGGCCCCCAAAACGCAUUCUGCAGCUCCUGUGUUUGCAUGGCUCCGUUUUCUCCCUUCCCACACCUCUCUGCUGCAGGACAAUCACCUCUUUGAUAUCCCGGUCUCCCUCUGUCUAAGCUGGACCGACCUGACACUGUCUCUGCUUGUCCUUCUUUGCAGCAGUUUGUGUUAUGCUAGGAAAUGAAUGUGAUUUAUUUUGGUGGGGAAAGGACUUUCCUUCUGGCGAAGGGAUUAUAUUUGCACAUGGCUCAGGGGGGCUCCUCCACCUCUGACAAUUUUUGUUACCUCACUCAUUUUGGUCAGUUUCAUUGCUAACAUUAAAGGGCCGGCAGCCUGUGAGUUAGAAAAACGCAGCGUCCAGAGCUGCUCGGGCAGGUUUUGUUUCCAAGCUCAGUCUAAACUGCCCCCGCGGCACUAGAAGGUGGGAGACUGGUGGCGGCUGCCAAGAACCGGCAGCUGUAGCCAACAAAAGGACGGAGCUUGUGCCACAUCAGCAUCGUUCCUCUCCAAGAUGGCUUGGGAGCCCACGUCUCCUUCCCCCUCUAACAGAACAAACACGGAAGCACCAACCUGCGCUCUUGGGACUGGACAUUAACGACACUUUUGCAGUGUUCCCAGCAGGUUGCAAUGCAUUGUUUUCCCCACAGCUCCGACCCUCAAAUACUCCAUGGCUGAGUAGUGCUGCUACAUCCCUGGACUGUCCUUCCACCUCAUACAGGCCUGUGUCCUGCAACCCUGAUUCAGGUGAGUAAUCCUUACUCUUGCAAAUAAUCCCAUUGAGUAAGGAUUUACUCACAUCAAUAGGAGUGGGUUGCAAGAUCAUCCCCCCCAAGGUGGGCAGAUCCCCACUGAGUAGUGACACUAAACUGGGAGGGAGCGAUACACGCUAGGGCUCACCUGCCUUUUUGAAUGGUCUGUGGUGGAAACACAAACUCUGGGGCUGGACCAAAGGCAGAGGGAACAGCAGUUGUGUUUUGAGGCGUUGUUUGGCUCUGUAACUGUCAUAAACUUUGCGCUGUGCGCAAGGUGUGAUUUAAAAAAAGACACUUACCUGCUAGGAAACUAGGAAUUAUAAAGGCUACACAGCCAAAUCUCAAUGUAAAGUAGCUAGAACAAUGGAAAAUACAUUAUGAAUAAAAAAAGUAUUGAACAAAU